AUGCAAACAAGAAAGAACAAACUUUGACUUUUAAACCAACUAAGUUCCCCUGCCGCUGCCUACACCUCUGCUAACAUGGACGGACAAAUGAGUGCACUAUUACUGCUAUUAUCCCAUAUAUUACUUGUAUAUGGAGAAGCCUUGGAUAUGAUGCCUAUUGAACUUGCCCCUAUACCGUGUAAUGACAAAGCAGUGGAAAAGCUAUCCCGGCUGGCUGUCACUUAUAUCAAUGAGGAUAGAUCGGACGGGUACAAGUUUGCCCUUAACCGAAUCGCCAAUGUCCACCUUCAUGCUCAGGGUCCAGCAGGCAAUGUCUAUUACCUGGAUUUGGACGUCCUCGAGACCAAAUGUCACACAGGCAGCCCGAAACCAUGGAAACGCUGUGAUGUCAGGCCCUUCAUGGAAACACAAAUCUCUGGAAACUGCAAUACCACCAUCCUCCACACACAAGAGGGUUACUCCUACCUGUACAGCUAUGACUGCACUCUGGUCCCAGAUCCACCAGAGAAGCUGCAGCAGACCUGUCCCACUUGUCCCCUCCUGCUUCCUGUAGACAGUCCACAGGCCAUCACUGCUGCUCAAGUCACACUAGAGUCAUAUAAGAGGAAAUCCCUGCUCGGGGCUGGACUGGGGGUGAAAAAGAUACUGAGAGCAGCCCAGCAGACCAGGCCAGUGAAAACUAGCUUUGUGGAGUACACCGUCCAGCAGUGUCCAGAGGGAACCACGGAAACAGGCACCUGCCAAAGACUGACCGCAGCCUCAGACACAGAGACUACAGGCUUCUGCUCAGGAUCGGUGCAUGGUGAUGUGAGAGUCCAUCCUGAGGUCCAUGUGUCCUGUGAGAUGUUCAAAGUGCAGACUGUGGACGUCCUCAGACCCGUCCAACCACAGGGUCAUGACCUGGCACCAGAGUUUCCCAUAAUCCCCUCUGACGCCCCCUUUAUCACUGACCAAGACCAACCUGCUGCAGAACCUACAUUUGCCGCAAUUAUUGACCUACCACCUGUCGACAUCGCCACGCAGGAGCCCCCAGCACCACCAGCUCCCCCUGCCCCUCCAGCACCACCUGCACCACCUGUACCCCCCGUAGUCCUACCCUCCGACCCCCUCACCUCUUCCUCCAGCGAAUCUUAUGAAUUCCUGGUGUCGCGACUCCCACCUCCCGCUGCUCCAGUGCCCCCUGCUGGUCCAGUGUACAUGGCCUCGUCCUCUGAAGAGAUAGGUGGUCCUGUGGCUCUCCGUCCGCCCCAUAACUUUUGGUACAAGAAACGUGAUGAUCGCAGGAGGAGACGUCAAGCUUUAAAUCUGGCUCCAUUUACUCACACGCCAGUCUUUCUCACUGACUUUCCUGAUGGUUCUUCUCCUUUCCGCUCUUGUCCGGGCCCUUCAAGAUACACCACAGUUUAAUAGGAGUCAGUGUAAUAGUUACAUGUGGAAAUAUGUAGCUUCACUAAUCAGUGGAAGGUGAUUUCAUAGAAAAUUACCUCCUUGGUGCUAAUGUAAUAAUAGAGAUUCUAAAUGGUUUGUAGUCCAAUUGUCUGAACAAUGUAAAUCAGGCUGGUUGAAAUCAUUUGUGCACUUGAAAAAGGGCUUGAGCUCAUACUUAUGUGCUUAUAUUACACAAUAAAACGUCCAA